AUGUUAUCUCAAGUACUGCGCUUCACAUUUCCGCCUGGAUCUACCAUAUCCUCAGCAGCGUUCUUGAAGCUGCGCCAAAGCAUUGCCGCAGCAGGUGCGACAACUCAAUACUAUGGCUAUACCGCACCUACAAGAGUCUUGAGUCUGCCUAGAAAGCGUCACGAGGUGUGCUGGGUGAUUCAUACGACAUCCUUGGAAUUCGAAUUCGACGAUGCUCAGUUGGAGAAUCUCGUCAAGGCUCUUGAAGCUCCCGUUUGCGAAUUUGGAUUUACAGGCGGCUAUUGGGCAUAUGCGAUUAAUACAAAUGAGACUACAGGAGUAUCUUGCUUGGCCCCAAGUGAAGACACUGUCCCUAAAGCACACCGAAGGCUCGGGGUUUACUACCUCGGGUGGGAGAGUAUUGAGCUCCACGAGGACGGAACCCAAACUGAAGCAUUUUCAGAGGAAAUAAACAACUUGCAGCCAUACUUUGGCCCGGGAUCGGGAG